GGUAUGCACAUCGUCGCGCUGAACUCCGUCAAAAGUGCGGUGGAAAUGCUGGACAAGAAGAAUUCUAUAUACUCUAACCGUCAGGUUGCUCCUAGUAUGAGUGGCGAGCCGGAACUUAUGGGCUAUUCGCAAACUAUGGCUUAUCUCCAAUACGGCGAACGCUUUCGCUCGUUCCGCAAGAAUUGCCACCGCAUCUUUGGCAGUCGCACUGCCUUGGUUGCCUACCACCCCAUCGACGAGAUGGAGACCUGCAGAUUCCUAAAGCGUGUACUCACGAAACUCGAUCGACUGCAAGCAUACGUUCGACGCACUGCUGGUGCUGUCAUUCUGUGCAUUUGUUAUGGUUAUGAAGUAAAGGAGCAUGGUGAUCCUCUCGUUGACAUGGCAUAA